AUGUCUCUAAUCGGAUAUCCGACAUCGAUUGUGGUGGAUGCCAACGGCGAGACCCAGAUCUACACCCUCGUCAACACUGGCAUGACGGAUCUCGUGGUCAAGUUGCGCACCUCCAACAACACCGAAUACAUGUUCAAGCCAGUGUUUGCGUUCGUCAAAUCAGGUGCGAGUCAGCGAAUUGAAGUGAUACGUAAGAAAGGACCUCCUAAGACCGACAAGUUCAUCGUUUUGUACGCAGUGAUGCCUCCGGGUGCUACGAAUCCGCAGACUUCUUUUCCUACUAUGCAGAAUGUUAUCGGUCAAAUCACAGUUGGACUAUAUGCUCUUUCUUAA